AAAAAAAAAUACUCGUGCGAACGCGGUGAGAACAGAUUGCUAUGCGGCCCAAGACAUAGACGUACUUUGUGAUACAAUGAUGAAAUAAUUCACUAGCAGUGAAGGCGGAUGUAUUCAAAUAAUACGUCUAACAAACUGUACUAAGCAUCGUUUUGAAAGUAUGUUCCCCUGAUUUCUUUGUACCCAUUGCUUAAUAAACUUUCAAGUAAUUUGCACGUAAUGCACUCUAGGUGCUAACCUAGAACAGCCAAAUAAUAGCAAUUCAAGCAUGGCUGAGACAGUUGUGACUCUGUCUUGGGAAGACCACACCAGUGGACUGGCAACAGAAUUUAAAAGUUUAUUAGAUAAUAAUUCUUUUGUUGAUUGCACUAUAUCUGCAGAGGGUCAGAGCCUGAAAGCUCACAGACUAGUUUUAUCUGCAUGCAGUCCUUACUUUCAUAAGAUUGCUCAUGUAGAUGGCAACACAGACCUUGUGGAUACACAUUCUCCUGUGUCCUGUAAAGGAAAUGGUGCCUUGCGUAAGCUGAGGCCAAAAUCAGUGAUAACACCUUCACAAAAACAAGGGAAUCCUCAAGGGUUCCUGUAUCUUAAAGUUCAACCCUGUUUGUAUGCUGGGAUUUCGGGAGCAAGAAAUCAGUUGCAGGUUAAAAGUAAUGAAACCUUGUCAAGUAACUUCAUUAGUGGUGGGACUGUGUCUGUUAAUGGACAAGUGUUCAAGAUCUCAGGAGCAGGCAGAGUCCCGCCGGUGCGACUUCAGGCAACCCAGCGGCGGAGUGCAGUGCGGCUGCAGAGUGGUGGGUCACAGCAGAGCACGAUGCUGCAGCUGCACGAGGAGCCAGUCCAGGACGCCGUGGCGCCUACGACGAGGAAAUCGGUUUUCAUGUGCGUACAUCGCGUGGGAAAUUUCAUCAUGGCUGAAUCAGUUUUGUCAGUAUGUUGGAAGGACCAUACCAGCGAACUUGCAACAGUUUACAAAAGUUUAUUGGAGAACAAUUUUUUGGUUGAUUGCACAAUAUCUGCUGAAGAUUACAAUGAGACCUCUCAUGGGAAUACAAGACCAUCAGAGUUGCCAUCUUCACAGCAGCAGCUUAUGCAAUUGGGUGAUCAAAUGUCAUCAGGCCAAGAUGUUGAUGAGGAAAGUGAAUCUUCGCUUCCUGUGAUUUUGGUGCCAAAAAGUGAACAGCUGACUGAUGAAGAGAAUGAAGAACCUAUGGAUUAUCCUGAUGAGUUUGGAAAUGCUAUGAAUGAAAGGGUUGAAGAAACGGGACCUGCAAGUGCUGAACACAAUCUUAACCAACGCUCAAGUGCAGAUGCUCUCCCGCCGGUGGAUUACCUGGCAACGCCACAGCAGAGUGGAGUGCGGCUGUGGAGUUGUGGAGCGCAGGAGAUCACAACGCCACUGCCGCAUUCGGAGCUGCAGCUGCCCGAGGGUCAGAGCGAAGAGCAAGUCCUGAGCGCCAAGGGCGGUAAGGCGCUUACGUCGUCCAGUAGCCUUUCCAGUCACAGUCUCACGCAUACCAGGGAGCCACAGCUCAGCUGUGACGUUUGCGGAGCUUCUUUCUCCUGCCCCAGUCACCUCAUCAUUCACAAUCGCACGCACACGGGAGAGCGACCGUAUCGCUGCGACGUGUGCGGCAGCUGUUUCAUUACAGUACAAAACCUCUCCCGACAUAAACGAAUGCACGCGGGAGAGCGUCCUUAUAUCUGCGACGUUUGCGGGAAGACCUUCAUGGAGAAAAAAGACCUCAUCUACCACAGGCGCACACACACGGGAGAGCGACCGUAUAGCUGUGACUUGUGUGGAAAGACUUUCAUUCAGAACAAGGACCUCACCACUCACUUGCGCGCCCACUCCGGCGAACGCCCUUACCGCUGCGACGUGUGUGGUAGGGCUUUUAUCCUCGCUCACCACCUCUCCCGUCACAAACGCACGCACACGGGAGAGCGGCCGUAUCCCUGCGACGUGUGCGGUUUUGCAUUCGCCAGGUCCAGCACCCUCGCCGAUCACAAGCGCAUGCACACGGGAGAACGUCCCUUUAUCUGUGGUAUUUGUGGAAAGAAGUUUAGAAAUGCAAGCGGGGCAGUCGGGCCGCCUGAGAACGACUUGGCAACGCCGCUGUGGAGUCGCCAAUCCCAGGAGGGCGAGAGGCUCCCGAAGCAGUCGGAGCUUCAGUUGCACGGGCACCCGGGAGAAGCGCCUGGCUCGAGCGAAUGCAAUUCAAGCAUGGCUGAAUCAGUUGUGACUGUAAGUUGGGAAGACCACACCAGUGAACUUGUUACAGAAUUUAAAAGUUUAUUAGAGAACAAUACUUUUGUUGAUUGCACUAUAUCUGCCGAAGGUCAGAGCCUCCAAGCUCACAGGCUAGUUUUAUCUGCAUGCAGUCCUUAUUUUCAUAGGCUGUUUUGUGAGGAGACUGAAGAUCAUCCACUUGUCAUGCUCUUAGAUGAAUCAUUUCAAAAUCUGAAGGCAGUGAUCGAUUUUAUAUACUGCGGGGUCACGCAAAUUCCAGAAGGCAACUAUAGAGCAUUUGUGACUCUCGCUAAGUCCCUGGAGGUCAAAGGAUUAACAGAGGUUUCUAACAACCUACCUGGCAGUACUACUGAUAAUGACCCUCAAGAUCCAUCUGCCAAGAAUCAAGUCACUGGAGAAGUUCAAGGAAUUAGUGCUAGCCUAAGGGACAGCUGUGAAAAUAAAACUGAGAAGAUUGCUCACCAUUUAGAUGGCAACACAGACCGUGUGGACACACAUUCUCCUGUUUCCUGUAAAGGAAAUAGUGCCUUGGGUGAAGUGAGACUAAAAUCAAUGAUGACACCUUCACAAGAACAAGAGAAACCUCAAGAUCCUUCUGUGAAGAAUCAAGUCACUGAUGAAGUUCCGAGCAUUAAUGCUAGUAGCCAAAAGGACAGCUCUGAAAAUAAUUCUCAGAAGAUUGCUCACCAUUCUGAUGGCAACACAGACCUUGUGGAUACACAUUCUCCUGUUUCCGUUAAGGGAAAUAGUGCCUUGCGUAAACUGAGGCCAAAAUCAGCGAUGAACCCUUCACAAGAACAAGGAACGCCUCAAGGGGUCGUGUAUCUUCAAGUUCAACCCUAUUUAUAUGCUCCAAUUUUGGGAGCAAAAAAUCAGUUGCUGGUUAAAAGCAAUGAAUCCUUGUCGAACAAUUUCACAAGCCAAGUGAGUGGCGGGGCUGCAUCUCUUCAAGGACAAGUGUUCCUGAUCUCAGGAGCAGGCAGUCUACCGCCGGUGGGACUCCAGGCAGCCCAGCAGCUGAGUGGUGGACCGCAGCAGAACGUGACAUUACUGCCGCAGUCGGUACUACAGCUGUGCGAGGAACCAGUCCAGGACGCCGUGGCGCCUACGACGUCUAGUACCCCCGCCGGUCACAAGCGCAAGCAAAAGAAAAAGCACGUUUGCAAAGUUUGCGGAGGUUCUUUCGUUUCGCAAUGCGAACUCGACAUUCACAAUCGCACGCACACAGGCGAACGUCCGUACCUCUGCGACGUGUGCGGUGCUACUUUCGCUAGGCAAAGCCAACUCGCGAGUCACUCGACCAUACACACGGGAGAGCGGCCGUAUGAAUGUGACUUUUGCGGGAAGACAUUCCGCCAGAAAUCAAACCUAAAUUUACACCUGCCCUUACACACGGGAAAGCGCCCGCAUCGCUGCGACGUGUGCGGGAAGACGUUCUUGCAGAAGCAAGAAUUCACUGAACACAAGAACCUGCACACGGGAGAGCGGCCGCAUCGUUGCGACUUAUGCGGGAUCGCUUUUCGCAGGGCGCAUAAUCUUAGAAUACACAAGUACAGGCACACGGGCGAGUGGCCGUUUCGCUGCGACGUGUGUGGGAAGACGUUCGCCCAGAAAAGCAGGCUCACUCAACACAUGCCCGCGCACACUGGCGAACGGCGGUAUAACUGCGACGUUUGCGGGAAGUCGUUCGGCUUCCAGCAGAGCCUAGCUAUACACCGGCAGAUUCACACGGGAGUGCGGCCGCAUCGCUGUGACGUUUGCGACAAGACCUUCCGACUGAAAACGUCGCUCGUUGCUCACGUGCGUAUCCACACCGGGGAGCGACCGUACAGCUGCGAGUUGUGCGGGGCUCGCUUUCACCAGCAGAGCGGCGUUAUGAAUCACAUGCGCACUCACAACAAAAGAUAUGAUGAGAGUUACAGAUUUAAGUCAAAAGACUGGAUCUUGUCGUGCAAGCAGUUAAUAAGUUUCCAAAAUGGCAAUUCAAGCAUGGCUGAAUCAGUUGCGACUGUGAGUUGGAUAGACCACACCAGUGAACUUGCUACAGAAUUUAAAAGUUUUUUAGACAACAGUUCUUUUGUUGAUUGCACUAUAUCUGCUGAGGGUCAGAGCCUGCAAGCACACAGGCUAGUUUUAUCUGCAUGCAGUCCUUACUUUCAUAAGCUGUUUUGUGAAGAGACUGAAGAUCAUCCACUUGUCAUCCUCUUAGAUGAAUCAUUUCAAAAUCUGAAGGCAGUGAUUGAAUUUAUGUACCUUGGGGUAACACAAAUUCCAGAAGCCAACUAUAGAGCAUUUGUGACUCUCGCUAAGUCGUUGGAGGUCAAGGGACUAAGUCAGCUUUCUAGCAACCCACCCGCCAGUACUACUGCCCCUAAAGAUCCAUCUGUGAAGAAUCAAGUCACUGGUGAAGUUAAAGGCAGUAAUGCUACCCAAAACGUCAGCUCUGAAAAUGAAAAGUCCCUGGAGGGCAAGGGACCAAGUCAGAAUAACCCACCUGCCAGAACUACUGUCCCUAAAGAUCCAUCUGUGAAGAAUCAAGUCACUGGUGAGGUUAAAGGCAGUAAUGCUACCCAAAAGGUCAGCUCUGAAAAUGAAAAGUCCCUGGAGGGAAAGGGGCCGAGUCAGAAUAACCCUCCUGCCAGUACUACUGCCCCUAAAGAUCCAUCUGUGAAGAAUCAAGUCACUGGUGAAGUUAAAGGCAGUAAUGCUACCCAAAAGGUCAGCUCUGAAAAUAAGAAUUCUCAGAAGAUUGCUCAGCAUCUAAAUGGCAACACCGACCCUGUGGACACACAUUCUCCUGUUUCAUUUAAAGGAAAUAGUGCAUUGUGUGAACUAAGGCCAAAAUCGGCGAUGAAGAGAAAAUCAGUGGACACACAUUCUCCUGCUUCCUUUAAGGGAAAUAGUGCAUUUCGUGAACUGAGGCCAAAAUCAGUGAAGAAUACAAAGUCUGUGAUUUGGCCUUCACAAGGACAAGAAAGUCCUCAAGGGGCCCUGUAUCUCCAAGUUCAGCCUGGUUUAUAUACUGCAAUUUCGGGAGCAAGCAAUCAGUUGCUGGUUAAAAGUAAUGAAUCCUUGCCAAAAACUUUCACAAGCCAAAUGGGUAUUGGGACUGCGCCUAGUCAAGGACAAGUUUUCCUGAUCUCAGGAGCAAGCAGUCUCCCGCCGGUGGGACUCCAGGCAACCCAGCAGCUGAGUGGUGCAUUACAAAACAACACGACGCUACUGCUACACAAGGGACCAAUCCUGAGCACCAUGGUGCCUACACCGACCAGUAACCUCGCAGGACACAAGCCCAAGCAAAAGAAAAAGCUCACCUGCAAAGUUUGUGGAGUUUCCUGCAAUGCUCAAGCCAAUCUCACCAUUCACGAACGCACGCACACGGGAGAACGUCCAUACCUGUGCGAUGUGUGCGGUGCCACGUUCAGUACCUCGGGCAUACUCACAAGUCACUUACGCACGCACACGGGAGAGCGCCCUUACGAAUGCAACUUUUGUGGUAAGACAUUCCGCCAGAAGUCUCACCUCAAUUUACACAUGCCCUUGCACACAGGAAAGUACCCACACCGCUGCGAUGUGUGUGGGAAGACAUUCUUGCAGAACAAGGAAUUCACUGAACACAAGAACCUGCACACAGGAGAGCGGCCUAAUCGUUGCGACAUAUGCGGGAUUGGUUUUCGUUUGGCGCAAAAUCUUCGAGUACACAAACUCAGGCACACAGGUGAAUGGCCGUUUCACUGCGAUGUGUGUGGGAAGACAUUCCCAAGGAAAAGCAGACUCACUCAACACAUGCCGGUGCAUACUGGUGAGCGAUCCUAUAAAUGUGACGUUUGCGGUAAGUCGUUCAGUUUUUCACGGAGCCUAGAUCUACACCGGCAAAUUCACACUGGAGUGCGGCCGCAUCGCUGUGAACUUUGCGGCAAGGCAUUCGUACAGAAAUCGUCGCUCGUUGCUCACUCGCGAGUACACACUGGGGAGAGACCAUUUAGCUGCGAUUUGUGCGAGUCUCGCUUCCACCAACGGGGUGGCCUUGCAUAUCACAUGCGCACACACAACAAAAAUCGAUCCUCUUAGAGACUCAGGAAUGAUCACUUGGCUGCCACAUGUGCUCUUUGCAGGCCCUUCAUAUUGGGCAUCUCCCUCUCUCUCUCUCUCUCAUACACACACACAGGCCGCAUUAUGCAAAUGAAGCUUUGUCUGAUGCUCGCUGAUUCAUAUUGAAGAUUGUUUGAUAUUCACAGACUUGAUUCAUAGUGAUAAUUUAGUCAAGAAAAAUACCAUGUUUUGAAAGUGAUCGGCGUUAUAAAGCUGUAAAUAUGGCAAAAUAAGCCAAAGGGUUUAUUAAGAGAGAGUUAUGGAUUAAAUGUUCAAAGAAUGAAUCUUACCAUGUCAACAGUUAUUCGAUUUCCAAAAUGCUAAUAUUUUGGAAAGUAUAGUUGCAUUUUAAUAAAGACAACUGAAUGCACUGUAAUGUUGGAUUUGUGCUCUUUACAUAAUCAAAUGUUGGAAAAUAAAGAAUUUAGACUGGCAAUGUGUGGAAUUUAUUGAACCAAUGCUAAUAUCAUUGCUUAUACUUGUUGAUAUGUUACAUUUUAUGUAUGAAAAAU